UUUUUUUUUUUCUUACUUCUUUUACCCUUUUACCAACUUAUAAAAAAAAUAUGUUUUCAAAAUCGAAUCCCUUUGAAGAGUCAGUGAUUGCUGCUACCAAUGAAAACCUCACCGUGGAAAACUGGGAGUUAAUCUUGGCUGUUACUGACAAGAUUACUCGUGCUUCACCCGAGAGUGCUAGAGAUUGUGUUGCCGCAGUAGAAAAACGUCUCCUCAACAGAAAUCCAAACGUCCAGCUUUACGCAGUGGCCUUGACCGAGGCACUGGUAAAAAACUGUGACAUCACGGUGCACCGUGAGAUCUCUUCUCGCUCCUUUACCAACACGCUAACCAAACUUGUGCAUGAUAAGAGCAUUCAUACCAAAGUACGAACCCGCAUUCUCGAGUUUAUUCAAAUGUGCUCCUUUGAAUUCAGAGCUGAUUCCACACUUGGUUUAAUGAAUGAAGUUUACAACUCUUUACGUGCUGAAGGUAUUCAAUUCCCUUCUCCCCAGAAACCCAAAAAGGAAUUUACACAGUCUGAACUUGAUAAACAGAAGGAGGAAGAAGAAUUUCAACUGGCCUUAGCCCUCUCUCUCUCAGAAUCGGAGAACCGUUCUUCAUUUAGGUCAUCUGCAGCAGCUCCUGCCGCCGCCAAGGUGACCACCGCAGCCGCCAAGCCCACGCAAGAAGAAACAUCACCUCAGAUUUCAAGAGUAAGAGCACUGUAUGAUUUCCAACCUACAGAACAAGGCGAGCUUGGAUUUGAAAAGGGAGAUAUCAUUCGUGUGAUUGAAAGUGUGUACCGUGAUUGGUGGAAAGGUGAAUUACGUGGAAAGACAGGUAUCUUUCCUGUCAAUUAUGUGGAGAAGAUUGUCGAUCCCUCGCCCUCAGAUUUGUUAAAGGAAGCCUCUGUUGAAAACGAAGUCAUGAACGAAACUCGUCACAUUGACCGAUUAUUGGAAAUGCUUUCUUCUACAGAUCCUCGCACAAGAGACUCAUUUUCAGAUAACGAUGAGCUCCAGAACCUGUACAAUAGUACUUUAUCUAUUAGACCAAAAUUGGUGAAACUGAUUGAAAAAUACAGUUUAAAAAAGGAUGAGCUUGUGGCUUUAAAUGAAAAAUUCAUGCAAGCCAGAACAAUGUAUGAUGGUAUGCUCUCAAAUUCCAUUGCUAAAUAUUCUUCCGCUCAGCAAAAUGGUCCCUAUGGUUACCCCCCUCAGCAACAACAACAACAACAACAGCCUUACUCCAAUGGUAAUUACCCUUACCAAUCCCCUGCCCCUGUUGCCAGCCCACCUUAUGGACAACAACCACCUGCCUUCACAUACCAACAACAACAACAACAUAGUCCUGCUCCUCAACAUCAAUCUACCCCGCAACAACCCUCGUUUGCGUACAACGAAUCCGCUCCCCCUCAACAACAACAACAACAACAACAAUUUGACUACAACGCUCCUCCUCAGGGUCAAUAUCAACCACCUCAACAACAACAGCAACAACAACACGGGGAUUAUAACGCACAAUCGCCAUACAAUGGACCACCUCCAACACAUAAUAACAUGGCAUCUCCUUCACCCGAGCACUAUAGUGCUCCUCCUCCUCAGCAACAACAGCAACAGGGUAAUUACUCUGCGUAUCCUCCCAAUGGGCCUCCCAAUGGGCCUCCUGAAGGAUAUCCAGGUGUUGCUGGUGUUGGUUAUCAGUCUCCCGGUCCACAACAACCAUCUUACACUCCACCAGGAUAUAACGGACAAACACAACAAACGUAUGCUCAUAACUAUUAAAAGUUAGGGGGAGGGGAGUUAAAAUAGCGUAAAGGAAUGUUUAAUAAAUAUUUUCUAUUGUCAGCGAGACCAUGCAAUCAGAAAACAAGAGUAAAAAGGAUGGGAAUGUGAAAAAAAUAAAUAAGAAC